GCAGGAGUCAGUUCCAGGAAGGGAAACACCCCAUUGCUGCUGCAGACGGGGCAUAGUGUGAACUCAGGAAAUUGAAACUUACCCUGUUCCAUUGCCCAGAGAGAGCCAUGGCUGCAGAGAACCCCGUGGAAAGUCUCCAGGAUGAAGCAAGUUGUCCCAUCUAUUAAACAAACACAAACUAAGAGGCAGAAGAUUGUGUUUGAAUUUCUGGAACCGCAGCAGUUCCUGGAGGAACAAGAGCGACUCCUGCUGGCCCAGCUGGACAAACUGGAUGAGGAGAUUGUGAGGAUCCAGAAUGAAAAUGUCAGUAAAAUCUCUGAGGAGAUUUUCCAUCUCAGUGAGCUAAUCAGUGAGCUGGAGGGGAAGUGUCAGAAGCCAGCGAGUGAAUUCCUGCAGAGCUCUACAGCAAAAUGUGUGGGAAAGGUCACAUUUUGGAUCCAAAUCUCUCUGAUCAACUUCAUCCUGAAGGUCUCACCCUUGCACAGAAAACUCUGGAAUUCUCCAUUCAGUGGGAAGGACUGA